GUACCUAACAUACUACAUACCGGUAUGAUAUCACUAGUAGCUUACCUGCCGACCUGCAUACCUGCAUACCUACCUACCUACCUACCUACAUACCUACCAUUUAAAUUUGCUGCAAUCAAUGGUAUCUCUAUUGAGAAUCUCCAUUGUCGUCUACCUAGGUUAGGCAGUUGCUCCCCUAUCUCUGUAUAGUCUGCAUUUCCUCUUCGUUCAUGUGGGGCUAGAUGAUCCUCGUCCCGUGCGGAUAUAGAUCUGGAAUCACUCCAUUUGCUAUGAUGGACCACUUGAAUCUGAUUCACAGCUCGGCGCGGUAGCUUUUUCUCAUCUAGUUGAAGUUCUACUAGCAAGAAAUCGUUGUCCUACCCAGCCUUGAAUGUCCUCAAUGAUUCUCUGAUUGGGGAGAGUUCCGAUGUUGCUGUGUGUAUAAGGUAGAUAGCAUAAGUAGCUACGAUGCUCAUAUACUUGGACUUGACCUCCAUUACGACGUCCGGCCUAGGUUUUGAAGAU